GGAGUUUUUUUGGUCUGUUCAAGUACGGGUUUUCGAAAGCGGAUAUUCAAGGAAUGAAGAAGUGGAUUUGCCUACUAUCAAGCCAGAACAGACAGUCGAUCCGGCAAUCCCAAGAUGUUUCCAUAAAUAAAUUACUCCUAUUCGCACAACUGCUUCCGUAACCGAUAGAGAAGCUAAAGUCAUAAAUUGCUUUGUUCAUACACUAAUAUCCCAUGAUACUCUACGUUUUCAUGAUAAAAUCGCUCCGAAACCAUUUCUAAAAUGAGUCCACUCCCGCAAUCAUGGACGUCAUAUACGUGCAAACGACACCAAUAUCUAUAGAUAGGACCAUUUGCCCCCCUGAACUCCCGCUUGCGGUAAUAAUCGGAUAAAGAAUCUCUCCAGAGAGGUAAUUGUAUAUAACCAUGACAAUCAUGUGUGAGCCAGAUUUUGAUCUCGUGAAACUUUUCUCAUCUGUUACCUUCGUUCUAAAGUUUAGAAUUCCAAUACCUCCCUCGUUCAAACUUGCAAAUAUCAAGCGUUUACAACUACACUGUCAAGAUGCGUUUUCACUACGCUAUCGUAGCGGGUCUCGCUACCCUUUCGCUCGCGGCUCCGCAGGGUGGAAUUCAAGAUCAAAUUGAUAGCGCCCUUGCUGAAAUCAAUGCAAAUACCAAUGGAAAUGGUAAUGGAAACGGCAACGGCAACGGCAACGGAAACGGAAACGGAAACUCAAAUGGCAAUGCCAACGAGAAUGGAAAUAGCAAUUCAAACAGCAACAGCAACACCAAUGUUAACGAAAACACAAAUGUGAAUGUCAAUGAAAACAACAAUGGAAAUCAUAGUCCCCCACCCGUCAAGCCAACUUCUCAAAAACCGCCACCAACUUCCAAUAAACCUCCACCAACCUCCCAUAGACCUCCCCCAACUACCAUUAGAAGCACUGUCAUUAUCACUUCUACCGUAACGGUCCGUCCAACUACUACCGUUCAACCCACAACUCGAACAACUUCUUCAGCCCGCUCUUCAACCGGCUCUUCAACCGGCACUCGGUCGGGUGUUUCAACCAGCCGAUCAUCAACUUCCAGCACCAGCAGAAGCUCCUCUGAGUCGUCUUCAAGAACUUCCAGUACUUCGAGUACUUCGAGAAGCUCUUCUUCUUCUACCUCUUCUUCCCUCUCUUCUUCUGCCUCUUCCUCCUCCUCCUCAUCCCGUUCGGGCUCUGGAACUGGCACCCGAUCUGGUCUUUCAACCACUCGCGAAAGCUCCAGAACCGGCAGUGCUACAGGUGGAAGUUCCGGCGUCGUCACCACAACUUCUCCCCCACCCGUCACCACCGGUACCAGCACCAGGAGCGGAAGCGGAACGGGCGGCAACUCCGGCAUCGUUUCUACACCUACGACCCAGAUUGUUCCUCCCCCCGAAACAACCACAAAUGUGGUCCCACCUCCUCUCAUCCCAACAACUAAUGUGGUUCCUCCUCCCCAAACAACCACAAAUGUGGUCCCACCCCCUCUCAUCCCAACAACUAAUGUGGUUCCUCCACCCGUUGUAACCAAUACUGGUACUCAAGGAGGCAACGUUGUUCCACCACCCAACACCAGAUUCCCAGAAAUCACCAUCCUCCCCGUCCUCACAACAAUCACCACCGUCAACCCGCCCAUCACAACCAUCACCUCCAUCCCCAUUGUCCCCAUUGCUCCUAUCAUCCCUCUUAUCGUCACAGCCAACAACAGAGUUCAAACUGUCCAAGGUGUUGAAAUCACCGUCAACGGCGCAGCCACUGUUGUACCCGCCACAGAAGGACCCGUCAAUAUCGUCUCCACAACCGUUGUCUCGGGAAUUACUCGCACGACAACCAUUCCCGCUGGCGUCAUUACCACCUUUACAUCUGCGGGACAAACAUUCACGACCUUGGCUCCCGGAGGCGGACCCGCUGAAACCAGUGCUGGAGCUAUUGCUGGACAGUUCACCGGUGGUGCUGAGAGAGUCAAGUCGCUUGAGGGCGGUGCUGUUAUCGGACUUGUUGGGUUUGCUGUUGGGGGAUUGUUGUUACUUUAAAGUUUCCCUUUUGGGUGUUAUUGAUUUGGAGUUUUGAAUUUGAAUGAUAUUUGUUGAGACUUUGCUUGGAUUUGGAUUUUGUGAAUUUUUAUCUUGUUUUGCGUUGUCAUCUUAAACUGGUAUUGCUUGCGUCGGAUGCUUUGUUUGCGAGAGUUUACACAGGGUGGUAAUGGACGAGAGGGGAAAACAACGGAUACCUAAUGCGAUGGGAAAGAUCGUUAUGAUCAAUAUAAAUAUACGGCAAAAUGAUAAUGCAUUAAUGUUUAAUUUAGAUACAUAUGAAUUGGCAUGUUAUUAGUAUAUAUCUGAGCGUGAAAUGUCUGUUAUUUGUGGUGCACUUCUUCGAGAGAAAACGCCCAAAAGUGCA